UUGAAACAGAAAACAACUCAGAGAGGGAGAGAAAGUCUGUGGUUGGCCAAAGUUAUGAUGAUGAAGGAGAUGGAGGGAGGAGGCUACAAGCUGUGGGAGCAAAAGUAAGUCAUAUGGACAGAAGGAGAAAAUGAGGAGUGCAGCACAGCGGGAAGGGACCAUCAGAAGGAUAAAUGCACAAACCAGAGGAGAAGGUUUAUGUUGCACUACUUUAAUUUUAAACCUCAAUAAGGUGAAGGAGAAAAAAGUUUCAAGUCGGCUCAGCAACAGAUAAAGAGGAGCAGAGAGAGCAGUGCUGGAAAACUAUGUGCGGAGGAGGUUUCGUUUCCAACAGCUCCUCUCACUUUCUCAGGAUUUCCAUGCUCUAAGUGCCGUCUCUGCAGGUCCGCACUUUUCCAUAUCUGGAGCUGGAUUUGUACAAAGUGAGGUUGACCGAAGCAGGCGGGACAAAGCCACACUUGGCAACUCUGACUUGAAACUGAAGUCCUCGACUCAAGAUGUUUGGGAGACUGAAGGAUUUCUGAGUAUUAUCAAAGGGAUUCGGGAGGAGAAACAAAAUGAAAGUGGUUGCUGUGACGGCAGCAGUUUGGGAUUCACCUGUGCCAGAAGAAAAAAGGAUGAUCGUGGUUUUCCCUUUUUCUUAUAUCAGGAUUGUGCUUACUUCUGUCCUCUUUUUCUGAACAAACUUUUCUUUGUGUCUUCGUGUCCUACGCAGCAGGUUCUCCUGAGCCUGAGUUUGGCUGUACUUGGGCGUUGUUCUACACUACAGAUAAAGAGCUUGUUUUUGUUGCAGAAAUCACUCCUAUGAUUGAUGCAGGUAAUUUAUUCUGAACUGCUAAUGUGCUUUGUUGCUUAAUAGCAUGGAAGAUGAGCAGAUAUUGGCAUUUGUUGUCUCUCUGUUGCUGAAUGUUCUGCCUGUUGGUAAGUCAGAUGACUCCCUCCUAAUGAACACAUCAAGGACCACAGUCAUGAAAAAGUGCAUGGACACCGAGGCUACACAGAGCUUUUUGCUUUUUCCAGAAGAUGUUUUAAUCUAAAACCACAAUGUGAUUUGCUGUGAUGAUGACGUGAGGACUGAUCACAGCUUCUGUGGAUUACGUUCCCGUAGGAUUAUUUGCAGGAAGAUAGUCUGGAAAGUGACUCUAAACAUCUCCUUUAAUGCGCAGCAACAAACAGCCUGUGACACGGCCUCUAAUUUUCCCUCAUGGGUCUACAUGGGGAGGUUUUCCAUAUAUGUCAGCUUCCACAUAUUUUCCAUUUCAGCAUUACUGUUGACAUUAAAGCAGCAAUCGUCCAGCUUGCUGUCUCAGCGGCCUGGAUUCAAACUCAUGCAGCCUCCCUCCGCUGACUCCUUAUUUCUUCUCGUCAGCUCGGCUCUGUCCAGAACACUUGUGAUCGACCUGUGAAGCUUCCCUUAGUCACUCCUCAGAGUUUGGGCCCCAGAGGGGGCUUCCCUUGCACCGAAGCCAUGGUGAUCCACGGCAUGGAGCUGUUCGCCAUUGGCGUGGUUAUCAUCCUUUUCAUGGCAGUUCUCAAGCAGUUUGGCAUUUUGGAGCCCAUGUCCUCAUUUGAAGACAGCAGCGACAGUGAUUUGGAGCUGUCAGCAGUGCGUCACCAGCCAGAGGGGCUGGACCAGCUCCAGGCUCAGACCAAGUUCACCAGGAAGGAGCUUCAGUCUCUUUAUCGAGGCUUUAAGAACGAGUGUCCCAGUGGGAUGGUGGAUGAGGAGACAUUCAAGUCCAUCUAUUCUCAGUUCUUUCCCCAAGGAGAUGCAACUACAUAUGCUCACUUUCUGUUCAAUGCAUUUGACAUUGACAGAAAUGGUUCAAUCCGGUUUGAGGACUUUGUCAUUGGACUGUCUGUGCUGCUGAGAGGCUCGAUCACUGAGAAGCUCAACUGGGCCUUUAACCUUUAUGACAUAAAUAAGGAUGGCUACAUCACCAAAGAAGAGAUGCUGGCAAUUAUGAAGUCCAUCUAUGAUAUGAUGGGGAGGUACACUUACCCCUGUGUGCGAGACGAUGCUCCCUCAGAACAUGUGGACAAGUUUUUUCAGAAAAUGGACAGAAACCAAGAUGGUGUUGUGACUAUUGAGGAGUUCAUCGAAACUUGCCAGAAGGAUGAGAACAUCAUGAACUCCAUGCAGCUGUUUGAGAACGUCAUAUAAACAGACAGGAUGCCCUCAGCAACAUGAAUGUCUCACACAACAUCAGCACGCAUCUCAGUCGUAACUCCACACCACUGCAUCCUGGUACAUCAUAUAGAAAAUGGAAACAUGCAACAACUGCAAGUUUUCUCUUUAGUGCUCCACUCAUCUGCCCUGGGAUGAAAAGCACUGGAUAGAAGUCAAAUUUUCUUUCAGUUGAUGAAGAGAAGAGCCGCUGUCUAGCUGUUUCUUACUGUGAUUGUAUGUGUCAGACUCAAAUGAUUGACAGCCAACAAAGUGUGAGAAGAUUCAAAUCACUUUUGGAGACAGUGUUCCACACUUCAGAAAAUCUUGCCAAAUCAUACAGUUUGGUGAUAAUUAACAGCAGAAGUUGUGACCGAGCAUGAACUGAACAGCAUAAAGAAAUUCUAUAGCACGUAUUCUAUGAUCUUUGAAGUGUUUUUUUUGUACACAGUCGCAAGAUGUUAGGCCAACAUGUUAGACAGAGCACACUACCGCCAUCAUAGAAACGCCUAAGAAGGAAUAUCUUUUAAAACAAGUGUUUACCCUUCCAGACAACCAGACCCUCACAGAAAUUCUGCCAAAAAGCACUGAAGCUGUUCUGGUGAUGGCCCCACAUCUAACGACACUAUAUGGUAUUCAUUUAUUUAUUCAUUCAUUUUCUGUACCCGCUUACUGCAGUUCAAGGUCACAGAGCAGCUGGAACUGAUCCCAGUGAUCACUGGGCGAGAGGUGAGGUACACCUUGGGCAGGCUGCCAGUCUAUCGCAGACUAUAUGGCAUUUUCCCCCUUAAUUUCCACCCA